GGAGACUGCUUCCGACACGAGCAACCUCCAGUUUAGAAGGGCCACUUCAGCCCCUCGGUUCUAACAGAAGCCGGCUUUCAUACGAGCCCCAUCCUCUUUCGAUGUAUUAACGAGAGCAGAGGCCAUCUAGAUCAAUGUCCCUGUUGUUCAGGAAUCUGAGGAUACACCAAAUCUUUGGUGCGAACACAGAUGUUGGCAAGACCGUUCUCACGUCCGCGCUAGUUCGCGCUUCUGCGGCAAAUGGCCAUAUCGUGCAUUACUUGAAGCCAGUUAGCACAGGCCCUUUGUCAGAUGCUGACGACGAACGUAUACUCGUUUUAGCCGGCAAACAUAGAGACCGUUUACACAGCAAAUGUCUCUUCCGCUUCGAUGAUCCCGUAAGUCCGCAUCUGGCUGCACGCUGUGCAAACGAGGGUGAAGUUGUUCAGAGAGUGGUGCCUACAGAUGAUGCCUUCGUGAACGCGGUCGCGAGCUACGUCCGCAGUUGUGCCCAAAAGGUUACGGCCCCUAGCCAUAUGUAUGUCGAGACUGCGGGAGGCGUACACAGUCCAACAUUAUCCGGAACGACUCAGCUGGACAGCUAUCGACCGCUCUUCUUCCCGACUGUCUUGAUCGGCGACUCGAGGCUCGGUGGUAUCUCCUCCACGAUCGCCUCCUAUGAAGCAAUGCUCCUUCGAGGUUACAUCGUUGAUGCCAUACUGCUCUUCCGUGAUGAGUAUUAUCGCAACUGGGGGUACUUGUCCCCUUACUUCGCCGAACGCGGAGUCCCAGUGAUGUCGGUCCAACCUCCCCCAGAGCGCCAUUCGGAUCCUACCAAGGAUGGCGCCCUUACUGAGAGCUACUAUCAAGACAUCGUACCCCCGACCGGCGAUAGUCCAAUCUUCGAGGUGGUCAAGCACCUAGACGAGUGUCAUACCCGCCGCAUAGCAGAGCUUGACUCUAUGCCUCGUCGAACGCUCGACUCGAUCUGGUGGCCCUUCGUACAACACGGACAUGUCAAGGGAGAAGCGGACGUCAAUAUCAUUGACAGUGCAUGGGGCGACUUCUUUAGCAUCUACAACGGUAAUCGCACACUUCCCGCCCCGACCUUGUCACCGGCUGCAUCCCCCGCCACUUCACGGCCUUCGUCACUACUCGAGCCUCAGCUUGACGGCUCGGCCUCUUGGUGGACACAAGCCCUCGGCCAUGCCCACCCCUCCUUGGCCCAGGCCGCAGCGCGCGCGGCCGGCCGAUACGGACACGUCAUGUUCCCCGAGGCGUCGCACCUCCCCGCUCUCCAGCUUGCAGAGCGUCUCAUACAGAACGGCCCCGGCAAGGGUUGGGCGUCGCGCGCGUUCUUCUCCGACGACGGCUCGACCGGCAUGGAAGUCGCGAUCAAGAUGGCUCUCCGGGCGUUCUCAGUCCGCGAAGCUGGGCAACUCGGAGGGUCGCGCAGGAAGGACCUGGGCAUCCUCGGGCUGAAGGGCAGCUACCACGGAGACACCAUCGGCGCCAUGGACGCGUGCGAGGACGCUGGCGUGUACACAUGCGAGUGGCAUGACGCGAAGGGGUAUUGGUUCGAUCCUCCGACGGUCUCCAUCCGGAAAGGCAAGACGGUGGUCAGCCUUCCUCCGGCCAUUGCGGCUGAGACGGACGAUGGCAAGGCCGACGUUGAAACUGUGUCGUUGUCUUGGACAUACAACGUCGAAGAGCGCCUUCAGUCUUCUCUCGCAGAUACGUACCGCACGUACAUUGAACGGACGCUGCAGAAGCUCAAGGAAAACAGCGGGCUGAAGAUUGCCGCGCUCAUACUGGAACCGAUAGUAAUGGGCGCAGGCGGGAUGAUCUUCGUCGACCCCCUCUUCCAACGCGUCCUCAUCGACGUCGUCCGCGGCACGCCCUCAUCGUCCGCAACAUCUGAAUGGUCCGGACUUCCCAUCAUCUUUGACGAGGUUUUCGUCGGGUUCUACCGCCUCGGCUUCCCUACGACGCACCCCCUCCUCGGCACGACCCCGGACAUCUCUGUGCACGCAAAAAUCCUCACAGGGGGUCUCGUGCCACUGGCGGUCACGCUCGCCUCAGACUCGAUCUACCGCGCGUUCCUCAGCGACGACAAGGCUGACGCGCUCUUGCACGGACACAGCUACACGGCAUACCCCGUCGGAUGCGAGGUCGCGCGUGAGACGCUCGAGAUAGUAGACAAGCUCGCGGCGAGCGACUGGUGGAGCGAAGCGCGGGAGAAGUGGAAGGUACCCCAGACCCAGGCAGAGCCUACAGCUACGAGCGAAGCGGCUGUAUGGAGCUUCUGGGACCCGGAAUUCGUCAACGUCGUGUCGCACAUGGACCACAUCGCGGAGGUCAUGGCUCUUGGUACGCUGCUCAGCAUCAAGAUCAAGGACGAUGCUGCCGGCUACCAGUCUCACUCUGCGCGAGCAUUACUCGAGUCCAUCAGGACAGCUGUCCCGACCGGCAGCGAUAGCUUGUCCCCGGCGCCAGGCGGCUCGCCCUUUGGAAUAAACUACAGGACGUUAGGGAACGUUGCGUACUUCAUGCUUAGCCUGAACACCCCUCCGAGCGUAGUACGUGCGGUUGAAGAACGGGUAUGGCGCGUCCUACAAGAUAACAAGCGGUGAUUUAUUGCGGAAGAUAAACGUAUGAAAGCAUGAAAGUAAACGCGGAAUAACAGUGCCAAUAGCAUUCUUGUAACGUACUCUCUGGUGGGCUUGGAUCAUCGAGAAAAUGAAAAGCGACUG